CUCCACCAUGUUCAUCAAGACUGUUGUUGCCGUCGCCCUCGUGGCCGUUGCUGCAUCUGCUCCUUCUCAACCAACCUAUGGUUAUACUCCUCAGCCGACCUACGGGGUCCCUGCCAAGUACGACUUCAACUAUGCCGUGAAGGACGACUACUCCGGCAACGACUUCGGUCACCAGGAAACCCGCGACGGUUACGAUACUCAGGGUUCCUACUACGUUCUCCUUCCCGACGGUCGUCUGCAGAAGGUCGCCUACACUGUCAACGGUGACUCUGGCUACGUAGCCGAGGUCAGCUACGAGGGUGAGGCCCAGUACCCCGAGUACAAGCCUGCCUACAAUCCAGCACCUGCCUACAAGCCUGCCCUUGCCUAUGCCUAAAUGAAAUUCCAUUAGCUAUAUAGAUAUAUAUUGAAUAUUUAUUAAAAUGGUUCUACUAA